AUGGCUGAAGAAGGUAUGAGUAACACAGGGGUAGUAGUUAGGUUUUAUGGUCGCGGUUACGGUUUUAUCAAACCCGAUGGAGCCGAGGUAAACCUGUUCGUUCACCAUUCUGAGAUCCAAUCAGAUGGUUAUCGGAUUCUUCGUGAAGGUCAGAAGGUUACGUUUUUGGUUGCUGAGAUGGAAGAUGGGCGUACCAAGGCUGUUAAGGUCACCCCAAUCGACAAGUUGAAUGUUAAGAGAAACCAUAAGAAGCGAAGUAAUAAUAGUAAUAAUAAUGUGGUUGGUGUUGAAUGUUAUAACUGUGGUGGUUUUGCGCAUCUUGCAAGGGAUUGUAGUAGUCCUGUUAACGUUACUAACGGUCGCUCUGCUAACGAUCGCAAGUGUUUUAACUGUGGAGUGUUGGGUCAUAUUGCUAGGGAUUGUGAUCGUGAAGUUAAAAGUAGCGGCGGUGAAUGCUAUAACUGUGGUGUGGUUGGGCAUAUGGCAAAGGACUGUACUUCAAAUUCCGGUGGUGGUACUAAGAGGUCCGGUGGUGGUGAUGGUAGCUGCUACAAUUGUCGUCAAAAAGGACACUUUGCUCGCGAAUGCCCUUCUGCUGCUAGUGCUCGUUGA